AUGGCGGAAAAGAUUUUCGCAGAAGAUGUCAAGCAAGCAUCCACCUCAACCCGCGAAUCCUCACCAGAAUACGUCGCCUCGGAACAAGCCCUGCGAUGGAAACAAGACAAGCGCAUCAUCCCGCUCUCGGCAGGGAUUUACUUUCUUUGCUAUUUAGACCGCUCCAACAUCGGCAAUGCCAAAAUCAUGAACCACUCCACGGGCGACGACCUCAUGACGGAGACGGGCAUGUCCAACUUCGAGUACACCAUCGCCCUGAUGGUGUUCCUAGUCGCCUACGGCCUCUUCGAGGUCCCCUCCAACAUCCUUCUCAAGAGACUCCGGCCCUCCCGCUGGAUCGCGUUUCUCAUGUUUGGCUGGGGGGCCUUGACUAUGGGUUUGGGUGGGGUGAAAAGCUAUGCCGCUGUGACGGUCGUGCGGUUCUUGUUGGGGGUGUUUGAGGCCGGGUUAUUUCCGGGACUGGUGUAUUAUCUGACGUUUUGGUAUAAGACCGAGGAGAGGAGUAUUAGGGUCGCGUUUAUCCUGGCUUCGGCGACGCUGGCGGGGGCCUUUGGGGGCGCGAUUGCGUUUGGCAUUGGGCACAUGAACCAGGCGGCCGGCUUGUCGGCUUGGCGAUGGUUGUUUAUCAUUGAGGGCGCGCCGUCGUGUUUGUCUGCUGUUGCGGUGUGGUUCAUCCUGCCUGAUUACCCCGAGGACGCCAAGUGGUUGACUGCAGAGGAGAGGGACCUGGCUGUUCACCGGCUGCGUCUCGAAGGCAGUAAGGGUAUGGCGAAAGCCAUGUCUUGGCCGGAUGCCAAAGCAACUCUAGUUGAUUGGAGGCUAUGGGGCCAUUACGUGGUGUAUUUUGGCAUCUCGACCCCUUUUAGUUCACUGUCGCUUUUCACACCGUCCAUCACCGCCGGCCUGGGUUAUGUGGACUUGCAGGCUCAACUCAUGACUGUGCCCCCUUAUGCAGUCGCCUACAUUGUGCAAAUACUUACUUCGUGGUCCGCGGACCACUUCAACGCCCGUGGACUUCACUCAGCCGCCAUGGCCACCAUCGGCGCCGUAGGAUUCCUCGCCUCGGCCGUGCUACCAGCCGAUGCGUACGCGCAUCGCUACGGUUGCCUUAUCGUAGCUGCGUCGGGAGCGUUUUCCUGCAUCCCCCCCCUUCUCGGCUGGCUGUCGUCCAACAUCUUCAGCACCGCCUCUGUCGGUCUUGCUAUUGCUCUAAAUAUCGGUCUGGGUGGUGCACCGGGCCAGAUUGUUGGGGUUUGGAUUUAUAAGGCGAACGAAGCUAAGGCCGGGUACCCCACUGGACACUGGACUAAUGCGGCAUUAUUGUUCAUGGUUGCAGCUGGGUGCGUGAUACUGAGGCUGUACUACGGAUUCCGUAACCGGAAGAUCUUAAGGGAGAACGAGACUGGGGAUGUAAGGUUGUUCAAGUAUUGA